UGUCAUUUCAUUUGUGUUGUGAUUUUCGUCCGGACCGCAGUAUUCCGCUCGCGCGCCCGUUCAAUUUAUUUUUAUGUGAUACCCUGAGAAAUAAUCGGUAAAUUUUCGUCCGCCGACGUUUUACGUUCGUAUUAUGGACGAUAAAACGUCCCUGAAGGAACUAGACCAAUGGAUUGAGCAACUGAACGAGUGCAAACAGUUGACCGAGAGCCAAGUGAAGUUCCUGUGCGACAAGGCAAAAGAAAUUUUGACUAAAGAGUCAAAUGUACAAGAAGUAAAAUGUCCGGUAACAGUAUGUGGAGAUGUGCACGGGCAGUUCCACGACCUUAUGGAACUGUUUCGAAUAGGCGGAAAGUCCCCAGACACAAAUUACCUGUUUAUGGGAGAUUAUGUUGAUCGUGGUUAUUAUUCUGUUGAAACUGUUACAUUAUUGGUUGCAUUAAAGGUACGAUACCGAGAAAGAAUAACAAUUCUUCGAGGUAAUCAUGAGAGCCGACAGAUUACACAAGUAUAUGGCUUCUAUGAUGAAUGUUUGCGAAAAUAUGGCAAUGCAAAUGUGUGGAAGUUUUUUACUGACCUGUUUGACUAUCUUCCAUUGACUGCUCUUGUUGAUGAACAGAUAUUUUGUCUUCAUGGAGGGUUGUCUCCAUCUAUUGAUACACUAGAUCAUAUUAGAGCAUUAGAUCGCAUGCAAGAAGUCCCCCAUGAAGGUCCUAUGUGUGAUCUAUUAUGGUCAGACCCUGAUGAUCGAAUUGGUUGGGGUAUAUCACCUAGAGGAGCCGGUUAUACAUUCGGCCAAGAUAUUUCAGAAACAUUUAAUCAUUCAAAUGGUUUGACACUUGUUUCCAGAGCUCAUCAACUUGUAAUGGAAGGUUAUAAUUGGUGUCAUGAUCGCAAUGUAGUGACAAUAUUUUCGGCCCCUAAUUAUUGUUAUCGAUGUGGUAACCAGGCGGCUAUUAUGGAACUAGAUGACGGCUUAAAAUAUUCAUUUUUGCAAUUCGAUCCAGCUCCACGACGCGGUGAACCACACGUCACUCGCAGGACACCAGAUUACUUCUUAUAAGCUAAUAACACCAACUGUGUCUGGUAUCAGCCCACUUUACGGUGAUUUUUUACCUUGUUUUGGACAGAAUACAUAUUGUAUCUAAAAUUACCGAACCAAUUUAUCCAGCAUCUCAAAAUUGAUUCCAGAUUACCUUGAAAGCAUAUUAUUAUGGAAUUAGUAUGAUAUAAAAUUACAAAAGUAUGUGAAUUCUGAUAUAGAAAGAAUUUCACAAUAUUUUUUAUAUAAUAUGUAUAUUCUUUAUGAUUGUAAUUUAAUUUACAAGUCGUUUAUCACUUUUUUAUCCUAAUUUAGUGGAUAACUUCAAAGGUUUUUAAAUAAAAUCAUGAUUAUAUA